AAUGCGAGGGACGGUGGUAGGCGGCGCCGUCGCGGCGCUGUUGCCUCUGGCGGGCGCUCAGCUCUCGUUCUGGCACUUGCCGGCUGAUCGUAGCAGGGCGAGGCUCCGCGACCCGUACGAAGCACUGGAUGUUCUGUCCCGCAUGGGAUACGCGGCCUUGGUGGGGCAGGAAGAGGGAGACGGCGCUUAUGAAAGGAAGCAGGCCCUGGACUACGUUGCCAAGCUAGGGUGGUCUGAUGUAGAUAUUGCGGCGGUUAUGGAGACCUUCAGGACGGGCAUAACGACGCCAGAGACAUGCGAAACCUGUGAAUACUUUAUGAACGUGCUGAAGAAUGGCUCGGGCAAGUUUUCCAUGCCCGUCUUCGUCGCAUUCCUGUGGACCAUGUGCUACAUCCAGUCCUACACCACGAGCGAAGUCUGCACGGGCAUUGUCAGGUCCUACAAGGACGACGUCGGCUACGUGAUGAGAACCACGAGGUCCUCUCCGAACGAGCUCUGCACGCUCAUGUUUGGUAGGACGUGCGGAAACCUCACGUUGCCGGAACACGUGUGGGAGAUAGACGUUCCAGCAAAGCCCAGCGACACCACGCCUGUACUCAGGAAGAGGGCGCAGUCAACGGCCGAGCUGGCGUCGUCGUUCCGCGUGCUGCACCUGUCGGACACGCACUACGACCCGGAGUACGUCGAGGGGAGCCUGGCAUCGUGCGACGAGCCCCUGUGCUGCCGUGCCGCAUCGGGAGAAGUAACGAACGACACCGACCGCGCGGGCCGCUGGGGUGACUUGCGUUACUGCGACCUGCCGUUCCGCACGCUGGAAAACAUGCUCGAGCACAUCGGACGACAGGGACGUCAGCCUCAGUUCGCCUACUGGACCGGCGAUCUCCCACCCCACGACGUGUGGAGGAUAACUCGGGCCGCCAACUUCGAGAACUUCGAGACGACCGUCUCGACAAUCGCCAAGAAGCUGCCCGGCGUCACGGUCUAUCCGGUCGUCGGAAACCACGAAGCUGUUCCCCCCAACAUGUUCCCCGAGACCGACCACAGCGAUGCGCAGCACGCCGAGAAGUCGCAGUGGCUGUACGACACCCUAGCCGAAGAUUGGAAGGUGUGGCUUCCGGAAGACGCCCUCGCCAGCGUCAGACGGGCUGGAUACUACGUCGCUAAGCCAAGAGAAGGUCUUCGGCUAAUAUCGCUCAACACAAACUUCUGCUACAACUUCAACUUCUGGCUCUUCGUGAACUCGACCGACCCUGGAAACCAACUGCGAUGGCUGGUGGACGAGCUGCUUGAUGCCGAACGCGUAGGCGACAAGGUGCACCUGAUUGGCCACAUUCCUCCCGGCUUGCCCGACUGCCUCGACACUUGGAGCGCCAUGUUUCACAGAAUCGUGGAAAGGUUUUCAAGCACAGUGGUGGGCCAGUUCUACGGCCACACGCACUACGACGAGGCGAUCGUGUACUACUCGUCCGUGGACAGGUCACGGCCUUUUGGGCUCGCCUUCGUCGCGCCGAGCGUCACCACGUACACCUUUCUGAACCCAGCUUACCGGAUAUACGAAGUCGACUCGGAAUCCAAGCUGGUGACGAGACACGAGACGUACUCCAUGAACGUGACCGAGGCUAACCAAGGUGACGGAUAACCCCGCUGGAGGCUCGAGUACAGCACCGAGGACCUGGGUCUGGCGCAGGUGGGCCACGAGGACUGGGCCGCGCUCAUCGGAGCCAUGGAGGCUGACCAGGCUCGGUUUAACCAAUACGUCGGGUACACGACUCGCCUGGGCGACCAGGAGAUGAGGUGCGACGACGAGUGUCGCGAGCGACUGCUGUGCCGCUGCAGAACGGACAGGGCGCACGACUACUCGGCCUGCCCAACAGGAACAACGCCACCGGGAGGCAG